AUGAAGGUUGAGAGGACCCUCGAGCUUUGGAUGUCGAGAGAUAAAACGCUCUCAAACCAAAGGUACAACGGAAAAGCCCCAGACGUCGUGAAAACCACUGCCAUGGUAGCAGCAAGCAACCAGAUAAAUGAUUGUGAUGGAUUUGGUUUUGAGAUGAUGGAGGACGAUCGCAAUGGUUUGUUUUCUGGCAAUCUGAGCAAGCAAUUGUCAAAUCCGAUCGAGUAUUCAAGAUUUCCAGAGUUUACCUACCAGAAUUUGAAUUCAGAGAACAUCCCGCUGGGUGAAGACUGGAUCAACCAGCAGGUGCUCGCCAACAUGCAGGAGAAGAUGGGGGAUGAGAUUCUCUCGCGCGUCUCCUCUCUGGACGACAAGUCAAAGCUCGUCGGGUUUGACGGGUCUGAGCUCCCCCAGGCUCUCAAGACAGACUUCCUGCGCUCUGCCGACUUCCCCGAGAUGUGGGCUAUCCAGUCGUCGAAUGUUGCGGACAACUUUGAGAUGGAGGAGAAUCAUAUGAUGACAAAGAGCCCAACGGGUAUCACGACGUUCAGCCUGAUGGCAGGAGGGAGCAACAGGAGUGUUCUGAGUGCUGCCGCCCUGCCUCGUCACGGCACAACGGCAAAGACGAAACGAGCGGCUCCUCAUAAGUCAGAGAGGAGCAGGACGCUGAAAGAAGAUGAUCCCUGCAGGCCCUCCACCUCGUUGUACCCCGAAAGCCUCCCUACUCGAGACCCUUUCGAGAUCAAGGCCAUUGCGACUGGUCUGUGCCAGCUGUUUCCGAGCAUGUACGAUAGGAAUGUCCAGCUGUUUGACAUCCUUGCGGUGAAGGAGGCGGUCACCCUGCCUUGGCCUUGCAAUGAUCCUCGGGGAACGAUCACGCAGAUUUCAGUGCAAGCGAAGAAUCCAUACCCGAAGCACAAUGGCAAGAAGCAGUAUGAUUCAUGCACGUUUAUGAUGAAGAUGAUGGGCGAUGAUGAGAUCAAACUGCGGGUCUGGUCCAAUGGCAGAACACAGGCCUACGGGUGCAAAAGCAGAGAUAAGCUGAUCGAAGCCAACACAAUCGCUGUUGAUAUGAUCCGAGUAGUCGAUAAGAUGUGCAAGAGCUCUGGUAUGCCAACUUUGUGGAAGGUUGCCAAGAAGAACGCAGACGAGUUGUUGCAAGAAGAUUGCGUCAAGAUAAUAUCUGCGCCGCUUCUUGGAAGCUGGAACAUGAACUUUAAGAAUGUUGGGAUCAAGCUCAACAUGGACGCUCUCUUCAGAUUCCUGCAAUCUCAUGAAUUCUCCGAUCGGUAUGUCCGUCAUUGA